AGGUCUCUUCAUACAGGAGUUCAGGUUCUGCAGCAUUGCAUUCGUCAAGUUUCUAAAAAAUACAUGUGCUGCCACUCCUCACAGGAGGCAUGUUCUGUCAGAGGUAUCUGAGGUGAGAGCAAGGCUUCCAGCUUUAUCAGGUUGUUUGAUCUCAGUCUGUGCUGACAUUCAGUGACCAAUGGCAGGCCCUUUGACAAACUGGAACACUGGCCUCUUCGGCUGUUGUGAAGACAUGAGUUCAUGCUGCUAUGGUUUCUGGUGCUGCCCUUGUCUUGCCUGCACGGUUGCAGGAAAGUUUGAUGAGAACCGUUGCCUCCCACUGUGUGACAUUUGCAGCCCUUCUGUGUUAUCAGCCUUUGGGAUUCCUCUGAUUGUGCCUCCUGCUGCCUUGGCUCUGAGGGUUGGCAUUCGACACAAAUAUGGCAUCAAGAGUUCUCUCUGUAAGGACAUCGCUACAUCCUGUGUCUGUGUGUGGUGCUCCUACUGUCAGAUGCAUCGCGAGUUGAAAUAUCGCAAGAAGAACUCCAGUGUGGUUGUCAUGCAGCCUGCUCCAAUGGUGGCUCCUGGAAACCCUGGAAAAUAAGGGGUUGUUGUGGCUUCAGUCUGAUCUCCUGGGUUCUCACUGGUCUGUUCUGUUAAAAGUAAUUUCAUUGAGCUGAAAUCAAGUUUUUCCAGGAGCUAACUAGCUCCCUGUUAAGAUACACUACAGAGAAGUGAAGUAUUGUUUAUGUAUUGUAUGAAUUGUGUCCUUUAGCAUCAGAGCAUGUUCAGUAAAUUAUAGUUCCACAAUGCUACAAUAAUGAUAAUUGUGACAGCUCUAGCCAGUAAAUUGAGAGAUAUAAGAAAUUAUUCCCAAUAAAACUGAACUAAGUUCUAAGAUGAAGAAUCGGAAUAAACAGAAUCAACUCAGAAGUUUUGUGCCAGUAUAGUUUGUCCUUAUAUACUUUUUUUAGCUUUACAUAUUUGUAUAACAUUAUGGAAAAGAAGGACUUUAAAACUUGAAUGAAAGUGUGUUAAUCCAAGGUAAUAAUACCGAGUAAUGAUUUUUAGCUACAGCAAAAAUCACACUAAAAAUAUAGAAAUUUUUUCUGCAAACAGUUAUUUUAUUACACAAACACCACCACAGAAUCUUUGUGUAAUAAUGUGGCAUUUAUAUGAUGCCGAUUACAGAGGUUUUUGGAGAACUUCAGUGAAAAAAAAAAGAAUCAGUUGAUAUAUAUCAUGCGGUUUCUGGUAACGGACAGCUUUUUGUUUAUGUGCUUUAUGUAGAUUUGUACUUCUUGCUGCUCUAAUACUAGGUUUGCUUGUGUUAAUGCAUUUGAAAUCACAGUCAAAUGAAAAAUGUUGGAGAAAAAAAAUGAAAACUGUAUUUUCAUAUAAAAAUCUAACGUGAGACUCCAAUUCCAACAGAGGCUGCAUUGUUUAAAAAUUUGAAUAAAAUCUUUCCUGCACUGUC